AUGGAUAAUUUUUAAGUAUAAGAUUUAUGCUAUGAUAACAUUAAAUGUCAUGAUUGGCAAUGUUAGAAAAAACAUCCUCGGUGCUUUGCAGGGAUUUGUAUUUAAGGUUUAAAUGAUGAUGAAGAAUGUAAUAUUCAAAAUUGUCAAUUAUUUCAUGUGUCCUCCGAUACACUUUCUAAUGAAAUUAUGAUAAAUGGGUUUUAUAGAUACAAUAUAUGUAAAAAAAAAAAUUGUGAGGUCAACACUUGUAGGUAUUUACAUCCAACUUGGAUUAAGGAUUAUUGUGUAGAUUUUUUUUAGAAUAAAUGUAAAUAAAAUUGUAAUAAUCAUCUAAAAUGGGCUUAGAUGAAGAACUAAAUAUAUGAAAAAUAUGAAAUUUAAAAUUUAAAUCCAGAUGUACUCUGCAAAAAAGAUAAGUGUAAAUGUUAAAAACAUUUGGCAAAUAUCGAUGAUUUCUGCAUAGAUUAUUUUUAAGGUAUAUGUCCUUUAAUUGAAUGCUCUAAAAAACAUGUAUUUUGGGAAGAACUCAAAUCGAAUAGGAAAUUAUAAUUUGAGGAACCAAAACUAAAGCCAUGUAAUAAAAAGAAUGUCAUACUUAAUUAAGAAGGGAUUGAGAAUAACUCUUAAAUUAAGGUUAUGAUUGAUGAAUAGGAAUUAAAAAGAAUGCAUAAAGCAUUAUAACAAUAAAAUAUUAUCGAUAUUAUAUUUAUAAUGGAUUGUACAAAAACUAUGGAUCAUUGGAUUUAAUAAUGCCAUUCACAAAUGGCUAGUAUAAUUGAAAAGUUUCAAAAUUAAAACAACAAAUACAUAACUCGAGUUGGGUUUGUCGGAUAUCGCGAUAUUAUUAUUAAAAAAUAAAAGAGUAUUAUCUAGUUGGAUAGAAAGAGUAUGAUUUCUUCAGAGGUGAAUGAUUAAUUCAAUUAAAACGAUUUUGAGAUUGUUGAUAAAAAUCAUGUUGUUUUUCAUGACUUAACUGAUAAAAUUGAUUCAAUUAAAGAAUUUAUUAAGCAACAAAAGGCAUAUGGUGGGGGAGAUGAAGCUGAAGAUGUCGUAGCUGGAAUAGAAAAAGCAUCAUAAUUAAAUAUUUCCAAACAUCAAGAUACUGUAUUGAUAACAUUUUUAUUUGCUGACUCUCCUUGUCAUGGUAAAUAAUAUCAUGAUAUUGACGAUGAUGAUUUUAUGGAUAAAAUUCCACUAGAUACUUUAGAAGAUGUAAUGAGAAGAUACAGAAAAAUUAAAACGAAUAAUUUUUUCUUUUGUUCAAGAAUUUCAUAAAAAACAGAUAAAAUGUUCACCAUUAUGAAAUCUGUAUUUCCAGAAGUUUCAAUAACUGAUCAUAUUACCCCAGAGGAUUUUCCUAAUUUGAUAAGUUUUUCAUUAUAAGAUAGCUUUUCAAAAAUAAGCAAGAGUCAACUAUUCAAGCCAAUAGAAAUCAAAGCAUAAUCCAUAAAAUCUAAGUAUAUUGAAUAUGAUUGUAAAACAAUUGAAGAUAGGAUAAAAUUUUGGGGGAAUUUUGUUCAGGUUUGUUAAUCACAAGAGAGAGUUAAUCACACAAUUAUAAAAAUUAAUUAAAAUUAAGAAUAAAUAUUAGAAAAUGAAGACGGAGUUAAUUCAUAUAUAUUUAAAGUAUUUGAUGUUAUAAAUAAUCAAAAUUUAGUCGCUAAAAUUCCUAAAAAGAUAAUUCAGGAAUAUCAACAAAAAGAAUAAAUUUUGAAGUAAAGUAAUUCAAAUGAAAAAGUAAAAUUGUCAGAAGAGUCAAUAUAAGAAGCUAAAAAGUUCGCAUAAUCAAGAUUUAUUUCAUAAACUAUAGCUAAGCAAUUGGCAAAAAUUUAUAGGGAAAAAGUCUAAAAUUUAGCUGGAUCACCUCCCAUCUUUUAUGUAUCACCCAUGAUAUAUGUUCUUUCCUCGCCCUUUUAUGGUUUGGACUAUAUUUAUGCAGAAUCCUAUAUCAAUCUACCAAACAUUUAAUGGAAAAAAUAUUCAAAUAACUUAUAGUAUAUAAGCCCAGAGUAUUAUUACCUUUCUUCAUUCAGUCAUUUUACUUAUGAAGAAACAGGUAAAUAGUUUUUGAUCGCAGAUUUAUAAGGGAAAUUAAAUAUUUUUAGCGAUCCAUCAAUUUAGAGUCUUGGAAACUAUAAUCAAAAUUUAAAUAACGAUACAACUAAUCUCAAUCAUGCAGGUAUUGCCAAUUUUAUUCAGGCCCAUGAAAAAUGUAGCUUCAUUUGUUAGAAAUUGUAGUUAGAAAAUACAGCUGCUAUAACGUAAUUUGAUGAGACAAAAUGGGAAUUCAAUGAGACCUAAGAAUUAUCAAUUAUAUGUGAGACGUGUGAUGAAUAUUAACAAAUUAAGCUUAUUGAUUAUGUCAAUAAUGGCCAUAAAAAAUGCUAAUAAUGCAAGGAACUCGAACAAGUUAUACAUGAAGUAUAAUGCAGGUGUUGCUAUGAAAAUUUUAAAACUCCGAUGAAUCAGUAAUUGAGAAUAGGAACAUUAGUAGGAAAAUGUGAAGGUUGUAAGGUAAACUGUAGAUAACCAAAUCUAAUUUGUUGCUAUUGUAAAAUUCAUUGCAAAUUAAAGGUUUCAUCUGAGAAUAUUGAUGGCAAAUAGAUUUAUUUAUGCAAGGAAGGAAAGUAAUAUUUAUCUUCAUUAAAAUGUAAAGUAUGCAAUUCUUUAUAUUCCUUUGACAAAUUCCUAACUGAGACAUAUUAUGAAUAAGGUAUAUAUAAGUGCCAAAAGUGUAAUUGA